UUACAGGACGACAGCAGGAAGUCGACUGCUAUGGCGGAUGGAAGUUUCUUUUCAGUUUCAAGGCCUUUGGCUAUAUACGCGUAGUUGACUCUAACUUGCAUGAGUGUACCAUUAUGCCCUCAUGAUGCAAACUUGGAGAGCUGUUCUUUUUGGAAAAUCCAAGGGACAAACCAUUGGAAAAGGAUUAAAAAUUCUUCAAAAAUUUUCAUAUAUUAUUGGGUUUUCUGUUCCUUAAUUUGAACCAAGCUCCGGAGCCAUAGGUUUUCUUCGCCAAAAGCAAUCAAAGCCUUCCCAGGAAUUCCUCAACUGUGAAAGGCGAAAAGCAUGGCGGAUGCAGUGGUCACUGUGUUCUUGGAAAAGCUGUUGAAAACUCUUGCAGAGGAAGGCCGAUAUGUGACUGAAUUCAGGGAUCUGUUUGAAAAACUACAAACUGAGCUGCAAUUGAUGCAAUGCUUCCUCAUGGAUUCAGAUAGGCUGAAGAGGAAGAAUCAAUCUAUACGCAAGAUCUUGGCUGAUCUGAGAGAGUUGAUUUAUGAAUCUGAAGAUAUACUAGCGGAUUGUCAACUUCAAUCAAGGGAUGGCAACCAAUUCUCCCAAGGCUGGUUAGCAUGUUUCUCUCCAUCAAAGCUUCAUUUCAAGUACCAAAGUGGAAAGCGUCUCAAGGAAAUCAUUGAGAAAAUUACCAGCAUCAAACAAAACAUCUCAUCUUUGCUUGGAGGGCCUCUCUUGUUCCAGCCAGAGGUCACAAAUGUACAGGAGCAAAUACCCAGAUGGAGCUCUCAGGUGUAUGAUCACACUCAAGUGGUUGGACUGGAAGCUGACACUCAAAAGAUUAAAGACUGGAUAUUUGAAGCGGCUAGUAACGGGACUCAGGACAUACUAGCAAUUGGAGUUGUUGGCAUGGGUGGCUUGGGCAAGACAACAAUUGCUCAGAAAGUUUUCAGUGAGAGAGAAAUAGAGCGUCACUUUGACAGAAGAGUGUGGGUUUCUGUUUCUCAAACAUUCACUGAGGAACAAAUUAUGAGAAGUAUGUUGAAUACUUUGGGAGAGGCAAGUGCCAGGGAUGAUGCAAAUGAACUGUUGAAGAAAAUAAACCAAUAUCUCUUGGGGAAGAGGUAUUUGAUUGUGAUGGAUGAUGUGUGGAGUGAAGAUGUUGUCUGGUGGCAACGAAUUUGUCAGGGGCUGCCCAAAGGAAAUGGUAGUUGUGUCAUCAUCACAACGAGGAUUGAAAAGGUUUCACGGAAGAUGGGAGUGCAGGAAGUAAGGAUCCAUAGGCCUAAAUUCCUAAAUGAAGAUUAUAGUUGGCUUCUAUUUCGAAAAAUAGCUUUUGCUGCAAGUGAUGGAAAUUGCAUUUACCAUGAUCUGGAGGAUGUUGGAAAAGAGAUUGUAGAGAAGUGUAAGGGUCUUCCCUUGGCCAUCAAAGCUGUCGGAGGAAUGAUGCUUUGUAAAACUCCAUAUUAUCGUGAAUGGAGGCGAAUUGCGAACCAUUUUCGAGAUGAAUUGACAGAAAAUGAUAACUCGGUGAUGGCCUCACUGCAAUUGAGCUAUGAUGAGCUCCCUUCUUACUUGAAGUCAUGCUUCCUCAGCUUCUCUCUUUAUCCAGAGGACUGUGUCAUAACAAAAGAACAACUAGUUCAUUGUUGGAUUGGCGAGGGAUUUGUCCCAUUGAGGAGUGGUAGAUCUUCAACUGAUGCUGGAGAAGAUUGUUUCUCGGGGUUAACAAAUCGGUGUUUGAUAGAGGUAGUUGACAAGAAUUAUCAUGGAACAAUUUCUACUUGCAAAAUGCAUGAUAUGGUUCGUGAUUUGGUCCUUAAAAUAGCAGAAGAGGAUGCAUUUUACACACAGAAAAGUCUCAAUUGCCGCCAUGUGGGAAUUAGUAACAAAAUGGAUAAGGGCCAACUUUCUGAAAAUCAAAAGUUGAGGGGUUUAGUAUCCACAACCAAAACCAGCGAGGUGAACAAGAUUGAAUCAAGCAUCGCAAAAAAAUUCAGUGAAUGUCGGUGCUUGAGAGUUUUGGAUGUUUCCAAAUCAAUCUUUGAAUUGCCUCUCAGUAGCCUGCUAUAUCAUAUUGGCUCACUCCAACAUCUAACUUAUCUGAGUUUAAGCAACACUCAUCCUUUGAUUGAACUCCCAGCUUCAUUAGAAAAGCUCAGUAACCUUCAGAUUUUGGAUGUGAGUUAUUGUCAAAACUUGAAAAUUUUGCCUCAUUACCUCAUCACUUUCAAGAAGCUCAAGGUCUUAAAUGUAAGUCAUUGCGGUUCACUUCAAUGCUUGCCAAAAGGCUUGGGAAGGCUGUCAAACCUUGAAGUUUUGUUGGGUUUUAGACCUGCAAGAUCUGAUCAUGGUUGUCGGCUUGGAGAAUUAAGAAAUUUGACACAAUUGAGGACACUCGGAUUGCUUCUAACUCAUGGUGAUGAAGUUGGAGACAGUGAGGUCAAUGCAAUGGUGAACCUUCAAGAUUUGGAAAAUCUGUCCGUAAGUUGCUUUGACAGUCAUGGGAGUGAUCUCACCUCAAAACUCGACAAACUGUGUCCUCCGCAGCAACUCCAUGAGCUAUCUCUGCAGUUCUAUCCAGGCAAGAUAAGUCCAAUAUGGCUCAACCCUAUAGCACUCCCUCUGCUCAAAUACCUCUCAAUCUCAUUCGGAAACCUCGCAAGCAUGCAUCAGAACUUUCGGGGUGACAACAACAUUGUCUGGAAAAUCGAAGGUUUAUUGUUGGAAGCUUUAUCAGAUUUGGAACUGCAGUGGGGGAUGUUGCAACAGGUGAUGCCAACCUUGAAAAUCGUGAAUGUUAGUUGGUGUCCAGAGCUAAUAUCUUUCCCAAUCGAGGAUACUGGAUUCAGAGGCGGAGUCUGGACCAAGGAAGAGCGUAGGACCUAAAAAGUUUAGUAACUAAUGCCAUUCAUGUGAAGAGGAACCUUUGGUCUGUUUUCUUUCUUCUUUGUAAUGACCAGAACCAUUGAUUGAUCAAACAUUUGAACCACUGUGCUCAAACUCAAAUUGCUGCAGAUGCAGUUAUUGGAGAGAUAA